AUGGUGCUUACAGAGCUCUUCUCUCCGAAGAAGAGCACUUUCGACGAGUUCGAAGAUCCCAAGGCAUUCGAGAAGGAGGACUGUCUAUCGUGCAGAGUACUAGGCUCAACCGCACUUGUAUCACUGGGUGGCUAUACAUAUUACUCUGGCAUGCAACAGCUCAAACAACAACGGAAAGUCAUCGAGCUCAGCAAGUCGAAGUACAAAUAUGGAUCCCGGCAACUAGGGAUCGUGUCCCUGUCGGCGACUUUGUUUGGCCUUGGGAUCUACAGGAUGGUCAACUGA